AAUCCAGCCCUCGGGGCUGGUCCUGGAGUUUAAAUCUGAUUGGCCGAGAGCACAUUUUGGGAUGGUGCUUAGCGCUCGACGGGGCGGUUUCAAGGAUCCCUUUUUUGGGGGGCUGAGAGGAGGGCGGGGCCGCUGGCGGGGGCCCCCUUGAAACCGACUAAUUGGGAUCGGAGAGGCCGAGGUGAGGGCUGGAGGAAGGCACAAAGGAGUCGCUGGGCGGAGAAGGGAGGGGAGAGGCGAGAGGAGGAGGAAGAAGAGGAGAGAGGGCAAGCAGCGCGCGGUGUCUCCGGCGGCUCAGUCGGACCGCGGCGAGCGAGCCGGCAGGCGCGCCGCCCCCCUCCCCCGCCCGGCCUCCCCAACUCUGCAGCCGCCAGCAAACUUUGCAAAGAGGCGCGGGAGGCGGCAGCGAGGCGGCGGCGGCGGCUGGGAAGGCGCGCGGUCUCGGGCCUGGGGGCGGGGGCGGGGGGGCGCCCGGGAGCCGAGUGGGGGGCGGCGGCCAGCAUGCGGCCCCGCAGCGCCCUGCCCCGCCUGCUGCUGCCGCUGCUGCUGCUGCCCGCCGCCGGGCCGGCCCAGUUCCACGGGGAGAAGGGCAUCUCCAUCCCAGACCACGGCUUCUGCCAGCCCAUCUCCAUCCCGCUGUGCACGGACAUCGCCUACAACCAGACCAUCAUGCCCAACCUUCUGGGCCAUACGAACCAGGAGGACGCGGGCCUGGAGGUGCACCAAUUCUACCCGUUGGUGAAGGUGCAGUGCUCCCCCGAACUGCGCUUCUUCUUGUGCUCCAUGUACGCACCCGUGUGCACCGUGCUGGAGCAGGCCAUCCCGCCGUGCCGCUCCAUCUGCGAGCGCGCGCGCCAGGGCUGCGAGGCGCUCAUGAACAAGUUCGGUUUCCAGUGGCCCGAGCGCCUGCGCUGCGAGCACUUUCCGCGCCACGGCGCGGAGCAGAUCUGCGUGGGCCAAAACCACUCCGAAGACGGCACGCCCGCGCUGCUCACUACCGCGCCUCCGCCCGGCCUGCAGCCGGGCGCCGGGGGCACCCCGGGCGGCCCGGGCGGCGGCGGCUCGCCCCCGCGCUACGCCACGCUGGAGCACCCUUUCCACUGCCCGCGCGUCCUCAAGGUGCCAUCCUAUCUCAGCUACAAGUUUCUGGGCGAGCGCGACUGCGCGGCGCCCUGUGAGCCGGCGCGGCCCGACGGCUCCAUGUUCUUCUCUCAGGAGGAGACGCGCUUCGCGCGCCUCUGGAUCCUCACCUGGUCGGUGCUGUGCUGCGCCUCCACCUUCUUCACCGUCACUACCUACCUGGUAGACAUGCAGCGCUUCCGCUACCCGGAGCGACCCAUCAUCUUUCUGUCCGGCUGCUACACUAUGGUUUCGGUGGCCUACAUCGCGGGCUUCGUGCUCCAGGAGCGCGUCGUGUGUAACGAGCGCUUUUCCGAGGACGGCUACCGCACAGUGGUGCAGGGCACCAAGAAGGAGGGCUGCACCAUCCUCUUUAUGAUGCUGUACUUCUUCAGUAUGGCCAGUUCCAUCUGGUGGGUCAUCCUGUCUCUCACCUGGUUCCUGGCGGCGGGCAUGAAGUGGGGCCACGAGGCCAUCGAGGCCAACUCCCAGUACUUCCACCUGGCCGCGUGGGCCGUGCCGGCGGUCAAGACCAUCACUAUCCUGGCCAUGGGCCAGAUUGACGGCGACCUGCUGAGCGGCGUGUGCUUCGUGGGCCUCAACAGCCUGGACCCGCUGCGGGGCUUCGUGCUGGCGCCGCUCUUCGUGUACCUGUUCAUAGGCACGUCCUUUCUCCUGGCUGGUUUCGUGUCACUCUUCCGCAUCCGUACCAUCAUGAAGCACGACGGCACCAAGACGGAGAAGCUGGAGCGGCUCAUGGUGCGCAUCGGCGUCUUCUCAGUGCUCUACACCGUGCCUGCCACCAUCGUCAUCGCCUGCUACUUCUACGAGCAGGCCUUUCGAGAGCACUGGGAGCGCUCGUGGGUGAGCCAGCACUGCAAGAGCCUGGCCAUCCCGUGCCCGGCGCACUACACGCCGCGCAUGUCACCCGACUUCACCGUCUACAUGAUCAAAUACCUCAUGACGCUCAUCGUGGGCAUCACGUCGGGCUUCUGGAUCUGGUCCGGCAAGACGCUGCACUCGUGGAGGAAGUUCUACACCCGUCUCACCAACAGCCGGCACGGCGAGACCACCGUGUGAGGGGGUGUCCCUACGCCGCCGCGCGUCCCCAGGCCACCCGCACCGCGCUUGCUUCUGCCCUGGGGGGGGCCUCCUACAGACUCCUUAUUUUAUUUUUUUAAAUAAAGAACAAUCGAAACCAUUUCUUUUUUAGGUUGCUUUUUAAAGAGAAUUCUCUGUUCAACACCCCCAUCAGGUUUGUAAUUAAAACUGUAAAUAGUCUGUAAAUUUAAUUAUAUAUUUUCUAUUUAAAAGAAAAACGGAGGGGGGGGCGCGGAGAAGGAGCAGCAAGGGGCGCCAGGGCUGAGGAAUGAGGGGAGGGGGCGUUUAAGGGGGCCCUCGCCUUUCUUCAGUGCCCUUGCAAACACCAUCUCCUACUUGGGUUAGUGUUGUGGUGUUUUGGCAGGGCUGGGCCUGCUGGAAGAGGUGUUUGCCGCGAGGAGUUGGAAGUUGGUUACAUUCAACUCCCAAAGCCAAAUACGUGAGCCUUCUCGCUGACGCUGGGCCUGUGGAAGCUGUUGGGUAUUUUUGAACAAGACUCGGAUUCUUCUUGUUUUCUUCCCUUUCUCUCCCCACGUGCCCUGUCUCCUUCACUCCAUCUUUGGAGCACUCCUAAAAGAGAUGAAGACGUGCGGGGUGGGGGGAACCCAAAGCCGCCAGUGGGACGGUGGGGAUGGAUAGGGCGAGAUGGGGUGUGGAAUGACCCUCACCCCUGUGGCCUGCUCCCCUGCAAGCCGGAAGAUCUUUCUCCUCUUUGACUUUACUUCUUUUCAGCUGGCUGCCCCCAGGCGCUUGGAGUGGGCAGAAAGUGCUUUGUAGUGCUUUGUGAAAAGUGUUUUGAAACAAAACCACUCCCGACCCCUCACCCCCACCCCACCCCACCCCACCCCACCCCGCUGCUACCUUGAGUAUCAAUCCUGACUGCCUCCAUUUUCAGGGGGAGCAUUAGUUCGCAAAAGUCAACCGUUUGGAGAUGCCCUUGCGUCUCUCCCCCGUCUCCCCUGUCGUCGGCUCCUUCCGCGGCACCCCCUCAACUCCCCCAAACCGAAUAUCUUCUCUCGCAUUCAGAUUAGAAGUUUGCGGGUUGGUUUGUGUGUUCUGUGUGGGGUUUGGGUUUUUUUGUUUGUUUUUUUGUUUUGCCUCAGUUUUCCUCCCCAAAAGCAAUAAAAAUGGGUUGGGUUGGAGGGAGGGGACUGAUGGACUGGUGGGAUUUUUAGUUUUCCUUUAACAAAAGACGUUUCUUUUCAAACUUGUCCAGAAAGGCCGGGUAGGGAAAGGUGGGUAUCUUUGCUUUGGAAGGAGGCUCUGGGCAGGCUCUUUGUGCUGUGGGGGUGGGGUUGAGUGUUUACAUGACAUUCUAUAUCACAAGAUUGAUAGAAUGUUUAUAACAGAUGUUUCUUAUCUUCCCCCUAAACCCCCCCCAAAUAAAAGGCAACACUUUUCUUAAAGUAUUUUUGACGCUGGUAAGAGAAUUGCCGUAUCCAAUACACAUCAUUUCCCUCAACUAUUUGGAAUAUUUUAGAAUUUUAAUUCCAAAGGAUUGAAGACCAAAGGGUAGGGUGGAACAAGUAUGCCACAUAACUCAGUUUUUCACCAUCGCCUGUUUCUUGAUAAUAGUGCAAAUUAAAAGCUAAUAAUCAUAAUAAAGCGCAUUUAAUUAUCUUCUA